AUGGCCAAUUCUGGCGAACUGAACCCAGAUAGAUGGAUGGAGCCCAUCAACGAAGAUCCCGAGAGUCGCUGUCUUGAUCCCCAUUAUUUCCCAAUCCUUCCCCACUCAGAUAUGCCUACAGCUGCGCUUUUUUCACUCUAUGAUUCCGCAAACAUAGUCACCCUUCGCCUUCUAUCUCUGGUGUCAUCGUCCGCAUACUUGUACGAAGAACGCAUCCAGCGACAUGCACAUUCGAUCUUGUCAGCAAAGGCUUUUAUCUCGGCGAUUCCUGGCCCGACUUCUAGUCGUGGCUCUAUUAUGGUGAGCUUUCCAUUCAAUAUCCUCAGCAUCUGGAGUCCACCCGGACGAGAAGAAAGCCCCCAGGAUAAGAAAUCAGCAAGCUCCUCAACCACCUCCACAGAGCUCUUCGCGAAUAUAGCUGCGUACACGCUUCGUCUGCACAAGCCGGAACUUCUUGCCGAGGGUGUAGAUCACAAAAUAACUGCAUAA